AUGCCUCCAACAGAGAUGAUCACCUCGGGCCCAGAUACAGCCGGCUCCGAACCUGAUGCUGCUGGAAUAAGCUUCGGGCCACGGAUCGCAGAUAUUGCUACAGACACAAUCGAGUCCAUAAGUCGAGAACAUCGCCUCUCAAGUCAGGGGCUGGACGUCGAAUCCCCAGACUAUCCGACUAACCAGAGUACUGGGUUCUCUCAUCUUACGACCGUGUCAGGACGACAACUCGAGGGCGUCCAUUUGAACUCAGGACAAAUUGGCAACCUUUUUCGCUUGUUCUUUGAAUCCUUUCAUCCCCAUUUUCCAAUACUCAGCGAGACGCUCUCGAUCGAUGAAUAUUAUCAUCGAUCAUCUCUGCUAUUUUGGACAAUCAUCGCAAUAGCAGCAAGAGCUUCUCGGGAGGAAGCGGGGCUUUGUUCCAGUCUCGUUACAGCUCUCUUGAAGUUAUUAUGGUCCAAGAUAUCGACCAUGCCUCACUCCCAUCUAACAACACAGUCGAUCAUUCUUCUAUGCAUAUGGCCAUUCUCAACACCGUCAAUGAUUACGGACCCGACGCUGAUGCUGAUCUCUAUUGCUAAGACAGGGUGUAUGCAUCUGGGAUUACAUAGACCGGAGACAAUGCAAUCCUUCAAUCGUGUCAGAUUUCAGGUGCAGCCAGAGCAACUAGAGGAGGCUGUCAAACUUUGGACCGGUUGUUUCAUUGCGGCAGAGACAGUAACAUCCAGCGAUGGCCAGGAGCCAUUGUUUGCCUCAACCGAUUGCACUCUUCGUCUCGCCUCGAAAGAAGGAAACUACUACAACCUACCUCGACGGCUUCUAUACAUCUUACGCAUACAGUUGUAUAUUAACAAGGUCAACACUACUAUGAGUUCUGUCUUGAAUGCUCAUGGACACCAACCCUCUGAAGAAGCAGAAACAAUGCUGGCUUCUUUAGAGGAUGACUUUCACAUGGUUGAACAGACGAUUGAACGAGAUUUCUCGGAUACAAAUCCGGAUUCAUCAAACCCAGAUGCUCCUGGCUACAAUGUAAGUAUGGAGCUAAUCUGGGCAUCCUCUGCAAGACUUCAGCUACAGACCUAUCACUUUCUCCAGCCCAUCAAAUCGAUCACACGAAAGCAGGGACUUUUGCGGCUAUACCACACUGCAAUGACAGUCGUUAGCCAAAUGAAGGCUGCAACUGCAAGUGUCGAUUUUCGCCACUGUGCACCUCGAUAUUUUGGACAGAUGCUAAAGCAUGCUGCUCUCGUUCUCAUGAAAAUACUUCACUCAAGCUACGCUCGAUUGGUGGAUGUCGAUACGGGAAGACACGCUUUCAAUCUUGCAAUAUCAAUGCAUCGAGAUAUGACUGUAGAGACCAAUGACUUCCACGACCGUGCACAUACAAUUCUCGAUCACCUUUGGAGUUUGCAUCGAGAUUCCCGAUCCAAUCUUCAAGCAGAUCCGACAUUGAAGCUUAAUACUCGGCUGAGCGGCAGCCUUCUACACGACGCCUUGUGGAUGUGGCGUGAUCGUUAUUCGGCUGAUGAGUUGGAGACUCGGCGACUCGGAAGACCGCCACGAGCACUUCCAUCUAUUAUACAACACUCCCCUUCCGUGACAACAUCUUCCCGGGAAGACACCAGAAAGUUGAUACAAAUGGAGUCUGACCUGGGAACUACUGGUGGUUCUGCAGCUCUUCGAUCAAAUCCAGACAAUGCUGCGAUGAAUGACCAAAUAUCCAUGGUUGACGCACAGAUGGGUAUGCCCAUAUCACUGGAUUCCUUCGACAUGAUGAACACGUAUCUGGCUCCAGACAUGGAAGCAAGUGGGCUCUUCUACCCUGAUUGGAUGUGGGAUGACAACUUCACCGGAGCGCCAUAA